AUGUCUUAUCCUUUACAACCAUAUAAUCCGAAUAAUGGAGCAAUUGUUAAUCAACAAUUCAAUAGACCUAUUGUCAAUAGGAAUAAUGGUAUUGGUGGUGAUGAUGAUUUGAUCGGUUCUAUAUUUGGUCUUGCUAGUCGAUUAAUGACUGAACUACUACGAAAUGGUCCUGAUAUAGGUGGUAUUGGAGCAUUUAUGGGUUCAAAUUCAUCUAACCCACACGCACAAAUAUUUGGUAUAAGUUCAAUGAAUGUAACACAAAUUGAAUGUGGACCUGAUGGUCAACCACACAUUGUUCAGACUCAUGAUGAACGUCGGAUAGGACCAGGUGGAAUUCGACAAACUAAAAAAGCAUUACGUGAUCCAGCUCGUGGCAUUGAUAAGAUGCAAAUCGGCUACUUUGUUGGUGAUCGUGGCGAAAUAAUUGAACGUCAAUUAGAUCGAUCUACGGGACAAUAUCGACAAGAGAUUCAACGACAUGGAGCUACUCACAAUGAGCGUCAUUAUCCGCAACAACGGCAGAUGCAAUCGCAAUCAGCUUUGCAACAAUUAUCUUCAUUGCCUCAACAACAGUACCAAUAUUAUCCACAACAACAACAGUUGCCAUCACGCUAUUCACAACAGACACAAUAUUCACCUUAUUCACAGAAACCACAACAAGCUCUUCCAGCACCUUCAUCCUAUCGAUAUUUAUAG